CUUUGCUUUGGAUCUUAUUGCUAUUCUAUUUUCUUUGGCUGUUGGAUACCUGAGUAUACCAAAGUAUCCAAUAUUCAUAUCAGUGAAAAAAAUUGCAGUCUUGUAUACACUUAUCUAGGAAUAAACCCUAUUGAACUCACUAGGGCUUAAUUCUGAGAAGCCAUGUAAAGGAUUGUACUAUAAAGGAUUGAUUUAUUUCCCCCUUUCAUUAUUGACAUCUCCUGCUUCAAACUUAAUGGGUUGCAUUCGCUGUUCUGGCAGUAAUUUAAGUGCUUGAAGCUGGGAAUGACCUCUGGGUCUGUUAGCUUAGUGUGGCACUUCCAAAGUUUUAAAAUAUAAAUAUGUGUAUGAAACCCCAUCUAUACAUGUGCAGAAAGGGCGUUUAUAGGAUGCAUAGUUGGUCUUUAUAAGAGUGUGUGUUGUCCAAAUAGCAUUUCAUGCUUGCUUAAAUAUAUUCAAUUGCAUGUUUAUUAUGAACAAUGUAAACCCAAAUGUAAGCUGCUUUGAGUUCUUUGUAGGAAAAAAGGUGGAAUAUAAAUCUAAUAAAUAAAUACAUGUCUGGCAUAUUUGGUCCCAUAGACAGCACAAUGGCUGCAGUUUUAUUAGUUUGAAUUCUGUAAAUUGUAACUUAGUAAGAUAAAUAUUCAUGUUAUGUAUCUGAAUCUAAUAGGAAAAAGUAAUGUGUAGCUCAAGUCUGUGCAUGUUUACUUGGAAGUAAGUUGUACUGUUUACAGUGGAGUUUACUUCAUGGUUAGUGGCCAUCAAGUUACAGCCCUAGAUGUUAGCAGAAAGAAAUUAACAACACAUUUGAUCUUGUAUCCAUACAGAAAUCAAACAGUAAUGGAAACAUAUGACCAUUGAGUCCAUGUAACUUCCUUGUUUUUCUUUCUAUUUUGUAGCAGUCUUGUAUUUCUAGAAUGGACUGUUCUAGGUCUUUCUCAGGGGAAGGGGAAAGGCAGACUGUAUCUCAAAACCAGAAUGCUGACAAUGAAAGACAGUGGCAACAGGAACGUCUUAAUAGAGAGGAAGCCUAUUACCAAUUUAUUAAUGAGCUGAAUGAUGAAGACUACAGGUUGAUGAGGGAUCACAAUCUCCUUGGUACUCCAGGAGAAAUAACAGCAGAUGAGCUGCAACAACGUUUGCAAGGUGCAAAGGAGCAUCUGGCCUCCCAGUCUGACCCAGAAAAUAGAGACUGGGAAAGAGUUUCUCUUGGAUAUUCAGAGACUUUUGGGGAAAACUCAACCAACAACUCCCUGCUGGAGUGGCUCAACACAUUCCAUCAAUCAGGAAAUUCUACCCAUAGUGGACAGAGUGGGAACCAGUCUUGGAGGUCUAUAAGUCGGGCAAACCCAAAUAGCAGAGAAUUCCGGUUUAGUCUUGAAAUAAAUAUAAAUCAGGAACAUAAUGGUGGCAAUGCUCCUGGACAAGAACUGAAUAGCAUCCUAUAUGACCAGGCUAACCAAAGGCAAACGGAAAGUAACUCUCUAAUAAUUGACAGCCCAGUAGCCAGCCGAACUAGAAGCAGGACUCUGAGAGAUACUGUUAGCCGUGCACUUGCUUCAUCAAGAGCUGCAAAUGCUAGUGGUUCAGUGACACAAUAUGUUGAAGAAUCAUCUCAAUUUUUUGCAAGAAGACCCAGAAGGAGAAACAGACGCUCAGCAAGCUUAGCAACACGUUACUUUUUAGACGAUAAUGAGCACAACAUUAUUAGGCAAAGUAGAACACACAGGGUUACAUCAGUGAGGCUUCACAGAGGGAGAACUAGAACCAGAUCUCAGAGGAAUACAAGGCAAAGGCCAGCAGUUUUAAGACUACGGUCAACUUUCAGUAGUCAGUUCCAUUCCCUUUUGGAAAGGAGGCAAGAUAUGAAUGUACAACAAAUCCAUACACCAUCCAGUAGGACACAUACAGUCCAGUCUUCUCCAGAGCAAGGUGAGGAACAAAGUCCAUCAUUGGGCAUAUCCAUGGGAGAAGAUGAAUCUACAGGAACCCAAACUGCACCUAGAAGGCAACCUACUAUUACAUUAGACCUUCAGUUUAGGCGGAUUCAUGCUGGAGAAAACAGAGAUCAGGAUAGUAUCGCUACUAGAACUCGCUCAAGAGCGGGCCUGGCAGACAACUUGGUCACUUUUGAAAAUAAUAAUGAGGGAUUUCCUCGAACUGUUUCACGAUCUGAACGUGCAGGUAUACGGACAUAUGUUAGCACUGUACGGAUACCUCUUCGUAGGAUAUCAGAAGCUGGACUUGGAGAAUCUUCAGCAGCAGCUCUUAGAUCAAUACUUAGGCAAAUUAUGACUCGGUUUGAAGAACUGAACCACUUAAUAGAUCCAGACUCAAAUUCUAGAGUUCAGAGAGGUAGUCAGCACUUAUCAGCUAUGCAAUCACAGUUAUCGAAUUUGCACACUUUAAGCAAUGUCAGUGAGUUCAAUGAAACAUCACUUCAGAAUGGACCUGCUGAACAAGGUAGCAGGGACUGGCAUGGAGAAAUCAAUGCAGCUCAACAUUAUAGUCAAGGUAAUGAAACUCAAGAGAACAGGGGAUUUCAAGAUGCAACCCCUUUUGUUGAAAAUGGAACACUCCCCAUCCUUCGUUUGGUGCCCUACCUUUUAUUAGAAGAAGAUUCUGGUAAUCACUUGAGGGGAUUAACAAAAGACCAAAUUGACAAUCUUUCUACUCGUAAUUAUGGGAAUGCCAGUUCAGAGGACAGUGAAAUAAGUAAGACAUGUAGUGUGUGUAUCAAUGAAUAUGUUGUAGGAAAUAAGCUGAGGCAGUUACCAUGUAUGCAUGAGUUCCAUUUUCAUUGUAUUGACCGCUGGCUUUCUGAAAAUUCCACUUGCCCAAUUUGUCGGCAGCCUGUAGUACCUUAGCGUUGCAGCAGUGGGUGAAUCCUCACAUUCUUGCAUUUUCAUAUUGUGCUGGAAGCCAUGGGUGUUUCUACUUAUUUUGGAAUAGAGAGGAGGUGCUUUAAACUGAAGAAGAUGUAACUACAUUUGGCAGUGGAUAUACGUAUCUUAAAGUGCAGGUAUGAAGGCAAAUGUCACUCAAAUUACCUUCAUCAAAUUAUAUUUUUCUAUAUUUUCUUAUGCAAAGCACUUCUGAAAUACAGAAAUUUAACAGUUUGUGUGCCUAACAAUACAAUCUUUAUUGAUACUUUGGUUUGUUUUGUGCAGUUGUCAAAUUGUCUUUUAUUAAUUGUUUGUUCUAUGAAUAAUUUCUUUUUUAAAGUUGCAAAGAAACUGGAAACCUGGGCAUCUAGUAGAAGGUACUUAAGUUAUUUGAAGGACUUGGUUUUAGUACAUGGUGUAUAUUUUUUACAGAAUAUUCUACAUAUUUUGUUUUACUUAAAUAUUUUAUAGGCAGUUUUGCAUGCUUUAUACAAACAUGGCUUACUGUUGACACAAUAAUUUUGAUGUAAAUGAGAUUCUGGGGCCAAAUGAAAUUUUAAUUCAUUAGAGUUAAAUAAUACAAAAGUGUAUGCAUUUUUAGCCAGAAAAAGGGUCAUGCAUGUCUUCAAGAUGCUGUGAUUUAUAGACCUUUUUCUGUCUAAAUGUGCAUAGGAUUGCAGAUUUGCAAUCCUGUGUAAUCCUAAAUGUGCAUAGGAUUGCACAUUUAGAACGGUUCAUCUUUCGGCACAUUAAGCCAUGAGAUUACUGUGGAAAACUAUUAAUCCAUAUUUGUCAGCUUGAUGUUAAUGUUAGAACAUUGUUUCAAGAAUGUGGAAACAUAUUUAACACACAUUAAUAGACAUCCCAAUGAGUUUUUAAACCAUUUUUAAUUUGAAGAUGAGAGUGCCAUGGCUAACUAAUUCACCUGCAGCAUGUGUGAUUUAUGGUUUAUUUUUGUUACACUUUAUCAGUCGGUGAUACAUCUGCACCACAUCUAAAUGUAACAUGUAAUUCUGUUCAGCUUAAAAGGGAGAGCUUCCUCAGGAUAAAAUGCCAUAAACUGUUACAGAAAUAUGUAUGCCUAUUGUAUGUUACCAAAAACAAAUUGUAUACUUGGACUUCAAGGCUUAUAUCAAUACCUGACAAAAGAAUAAAACUGCAAAACAAGAA